CCUCUUCUCUCUUGGACACACACGUUCCACCUCAGCUCACAGAGUUCCACAGUGGCCUUGGCCAUCUGCGUGAACUUGCACCCAUGAUCCUGCCAGUCUGUGAUUCUGGGCUAGUUUUCCUAAUGAGGGCAUGAUUUGCUUUUUAGCCUGCCCCCUUGUUUAUAAAAUAUGCCAAGAGAACUAAACAACCCGCUGUUCCCAGUACUUAUUUACUUGCUCAAACCAAAUGUUUAUGUCCUUGAAUACUAAACUUGAAGAAAAAGGCUUUCUCCUCGUGGGAAAGCUAAGAUGAUCACUGAGGGUUCUUUCUGGAAGAUAGCUGAAGGCCUGCUUUUCAGUAAACAUUCAACUUACGGUGCCUUAGGAACUGGCGCGUGUGUGUGUGUGUGUAGAGGGGGGUGGUGAGGGGCGGUUGUGAGGGUGCUCGAGGAGCCUCUGUUUGCUGCCCCUCCAGACCUUCCCUCGAAGCCCUUCCCCUUCCCCGUGUUGGAUCAGAGCCCCCUCUCCAGGGCCUCGUGCCACAGUCCGCAUCCGCACACUGGCCCCCUGAGAAGUGAAGCUCAUCCCGCCCUGCCUCCCAGCCAGGCGCAGCACCCUGUGCUUGGCGUGUUCUAAAACCCUCACUGAGAUGCAACCGAGGAAGAAGACAGAAAGGCAGUGUUUACUAACUCCUUCUCUUGUGCCUCGCUGUGCCGGCUUCCAGCUCGCCUGCUGGAGCAGCUGGGGCGGGGGUUCACGGUCAACCCCGGGAGCUUCCAGGCAGCCGCCCCCAGGCGACUCAGAACCUGGCACCUGUGUUUCCUGGAUGCUGCCCAGGUGAGCCUGAGAGAGCCGGGUCCCAGGGCCUGCCCAGGACGGCUCCGGCUGCUGAGUUCCUUCCUUUCAAGUGGGCUUUCCCGGUGCACAUCUGACACGAAUCACAUUAUCUGUCUUCUCCUGGCAGGUUUUGUGCUAAAUACACAUUUGCCACCUUUCCUUGUUUCUUUUUCCAACAAGGAGAAACAUUUCCUUGUUACCUUAGCCAGAUUAUUUAGGAGAGGAGUGUAAAUUGAAGCCAUUUAUCUUGAAAUGUGCUGCAGGGGCACAUUGUUUAUACAAGUGAAAGAAAUUGUAGCAGCGCGGGGUAUUUGGUCUGGUCUGCAAGGAAAAGGUGUCUCAAGUUUUCCUUCCCCCUCCCCCUUUGUACACAUGGUGUGUUAGUUAGAAGGUGCACGAAGCACGUAUGCAUUAGGUUUGCGUGUGUGACAGGCAAGACCAUUGUUAAUGGGUUUAGUGAGUAUUUUUUACAUGUUUAUUAUUGGAAAUGCCUGCAUUGCCAAUCAUAAUAAAGUGAACGUUACCCCUCAAACGUCAGCCAUAACGUUUGCAUGACCAGAGUUUAUGUAUAGAGUAUCCUGCCCCUUUUAGCGAGAUAACAGAACGUGAAUUUGUGGGGAUCUUGCUGUUCUAAAUGAAAUCUAUACAUGUUUGUCAGUUGGUGGACGAGUAAGUCGUGAAUUAAAUUAUACCCGCCAGAAGAUUGGAGAAGAGGCUAUGUUUAAUCCUCAGCUCAUGAUUCAGACUCCCAAGGAAGAAGGUGCCAACAUCCUGACCACAGAAGCGCUCCGGCAGCACCUGGACUCGGCGCUCCAGGCCAGCCGGGUCCACGUGUACAUGUACAACAGGCAGUGGAAAUUGGAACAUUUGUGUUAUAAAUCUGGCGAACUUAUCACAGAAACAGGUUACAUGGAUCAGAUAAUAGAAUAUCUUUACCCUUGUUUAAUUAUUACACCUUUGGACUGCUUCUGGGAAGGGGCGAAGUUACAAUCUGGGACAGCGUACCUACUAGGUAAGCCUCCUUUGCAGUGGACAAACUUUGACCCUUUGGAAUUCCUGGAAGAGUUAAAGAAAAUAAACUAUCAAGUGGACAGCUGGGAGGAAAUGCUGAAUAAGGCUGAAGUUGGUCAUGGUUACAUGGACCGGCCCUGCCUCAACCCGGCUGACCCAGACUGCCCUGCCACAGCCCCGAACAAAAACGCCACCAAACCUCUUGAUAUGGCCCUUGUUUUGAAUGGUGGAUGUCAUGGCUUAUCCAGAAAGUACAUGCACUGGCAGGAGGAGCUGAUUGUGGGUGGCACGGUGAAGAACAGCACGGGGAAGCUCGUCAGUGCCCACGCCUUGCAGACCAUGUUUCAGUUAAUGACUCCCAAGCAAAUGUACGAACACUUCAAGGGGUAUGAGUAUGUCUCGCACAUCACCUGGAACGAGGACAAGGCUGCAGCCAUCCUGGAGGCCUGGCAGAGGACGUACGUGGAGGUGGUCCACCAGAGCGUCGCUCAGAACUCCACUCAGAAGGUGCUUUCCUUUACCACGACGACCCUGGACGACAUCCUCAAGUCCUUCUCCGACGUCAGCGUCAUCCGCGUGGCCAGCGGCUACUUGCUGAUGGUUUUGCCAUUUCUUGCUCUUGGCGUUGGUGUGGACGAUGUUUUCCUUCUGGCACACGCAUUCAGUGAAACAGGACAGAAUAAAAGAAUCCCUUUUGAGGACAGGACCGGAGAGUGUCUCAAGCGCACGGGGGCCAGCGUGGCGCUCACAUCCAUCAGCAACGUCACAGCCUUCUUUAUGGCCGCGCUGAUCCCGAUCCCCGCCCUGCGGGCCUUCUCCCUCCAGGCGGCUGUAGUAGUGGUGUUCAAUUUUGCUAUGGUUCUGCUCAUUUUUCCUGCAAUUCUCAGCAUGGAUUUGUAUCGACGUGAGGACAGGAGAUUGGAUAUUUUCUGCUGCUUCACAAGCCCCUGUGUCAGCAGAGUGAUUCAGGUUGAACCCCAGGCCUACACGGAGGCUCACGACAGCACCCGCUACAGCCCCCCGCCUCCCUACAGCAGCCACAGCUUCGCCCACGAGACGCAGAUCACCAUGCAGUCCACGGUGCAGCUCCGCACGGAGUACGACCCGCACACGCACGUGUACUACACCACCGCCGAGCCGCGCUCCGAGAUCUCCGUGCAGCCCGUCGCCCUGGCCCAGGACGCCCUCAGCUGCCAGAGCCCCGAGAGCACCAGCUCCACCAGGGACCUGCUCUCCCAGUUCUCCGACUCCAGCCUCCACUGCCUCGAGCCCCCCUGCACCAAGUGGACACUCUCAUCUUUUGCCGAGAAGCACUACGCUCCAUUCCUCUUGAAACCAAAAGCCAAGGUCGUGGUGAUCUUCCUUUUCCUGGGCCUGCUCGGGGUCAGCCUGUACGGGACCACCCGAGUGCGCGACGGGCUGGACCUCACGGACAUUGUGCCUCGGGAAACCAGAGAGUACGACUUCAUUGCUGCACAGUUCAAAUACUUUUCUUUCUACAACAUGUAUAUAGUCACUCAGAAAGCGGACUACCCAAACAUCCAGCACUUACUUUACGACCUUCAUAAGAGUUUCAGUGAUGUGAAGUAUGUCAUGUUGGAAGAAAACAGACAGCUCCCCAAGAUGUGGCUGCACUACUUCAGAGACUGGCUCCAAGGACUUCAGGAUGCAUUUGACAGUGACUGGGAGACUGGGAAAAUCAUGCCAAACAAUUACAAAAAUGGAUCAGACGAUGGGGUCCUUGCCUACAAACUCCUCGUGCAAACCGGCAGCCGCGAUAAACCCAUCGACAUCAGUCAGCUGACCAAGCGGCGCCUGGUGGAUGCAGACGGCAUCAUUAACCCCAGCGCUUUCUACAUCUACCUGACCGCGUGGGUCAGCAACGACCCCGUGGCUUACGCCGCCUCGCAAGCCAACCUCCGGCCUCACCGUCCUGAGUGGGUCCACGACAAAGCCGACUACAUGCCAGAGACCAGGCUGAGAAUCCCAGCAGCAGAGCCCAUCGAAUACGCUCAGUUCCCUUUCUACCUCAACGGCUUGCGGGACACCUCAGACUUCGUGGAAGCGAUCGAAAAAGUCCGCACCAUCUGCAACAACUACACGAGCCUGGGGCUCUCCAGCUACCCCAACGGCUACCCCUUCCUCUUCUGGGAGCAGUACAUCGGCCUCCGCCACUGGCUCCUGCUGUCCAUCAGCGUGGUGCUGGCCUGCACGUUCCUCGUGUGCGCCGUCUUCCUUCUGAACCCCUGGACGGCCGGGAUCAUUGUGACAGUCUUGGCUUUGAUGACAGUCGAGCUCUUUGGCAUGAUGGGCCUCAUUGGGAUCAAGCUGAGCGCCGUGCCUGUGGUCAUCUUGAUCGCUUCCGUCGGCAUUGGAGUGGAAUUCACCGUUCACGUCGCUCUGGCCUUCCUAACAGCCAUUGGCGACAAGAACCACAGGGCGGUGCUGGCCCUCCAGCACAUGUUUGCGCCCGUUCUGGACGGCGCCGUCUCCACGCUGCUGGGAGUGCUGAUGCUCGCAGGGUCCGAGUUCGACUUCAUUGUCAGGUAUUUCUUUGCCGUCCUGGCAAUCCUCACGGUCCUGGGUGUUCUCAACGGAUUGGUUCUGCUGCCAGUCCUUUUGUCCUUCUUCGGACCCUAUCCCGAGGUGUCUCCAGCCAACGGGCUGAACCGGCUGCCCACCCCUUCCCCUGAGCCGCCCCCCAGCGUGGUCCGGUUUGCUGUGCCCCCCAGUCACGCGAACAACGGGUCUGAUUCCUCCGACUCGGAGUACAGUUCUCAGACGACAGUGUCGGGCAUCAGCGAGGAGCUUCGGCACUACGAGAGCCAGCAGGGAGCCGGGGGCCCUGCCCACCAAGUGAUCGUGGAAGCCACCGAAAACCCUGUCUUCGCCCGCUCCACCGUGGUCCAUCCUGAACCGAGACAUCACCCACCCUCAAACCCUCGACAGCAGCCCCACCUGGACUCAGGGUCCCUGCCACCUGGACGGCCAGGCCAGCAGCCCCGAAGAGAACCCCCCAGAGAGGGCCUGAGGCCGCCCCCUUACAGACCGCGCAGAGACGCUUUUGAAAUUUCUACUGAAGGGCAUUCUGGCCCUAGCAAUAGGGACCGCACGGGCCCCCGGGGAGCCCGCUCUCACAACCCUCGGCACCCAGCGUUCACUGCCACGGGCGGCUCCGUGCCCAGCUACUGCCAGCCCAUCACCACCGUGACGGCCUCGGCCUCCGUGACUGUUGCUGUGCACCCCCCGCCCGCCCCCGGGCCCGGGCCCAGCCAGAACCCGCGAGGGGGGCCCUGCCCGGGCUACGAGGACUACCCCGAGACUGACCACGGGCUCUUUGAGGACCCCCAUGUGCCUUUUAACGUACGGUGCGAGAGGAGGGAUUCCAAGGUGGAGGUCAUAGAGCUGCAGGACGUGGAAUGUGAGGAGAGGCCCCGGGGCCACAGCUCCAACUGAGGGUGAGUAAAAUCUGAAGCAAAGAGGCCAAAGAUUGGAAGCCCCUCCCUACCCCUACCCCGCCCCAUCAGAACUGCUUGAAGAGAACUGCUUGGAGUUAGAAAGACGUUCUGUGCCAGGAGAGCAGUUCGGUGUUACUGUAACCGAUUGUAUUAUUUUGUGAAGUAUUUCUAUAAAUAUUUAAGAGGUGUACACAUACGUAAUAUACGAGAAGGAAUGGAUGUAAAGUAGUGUGAUCUGGGGUCUCUCCACGCCUGCCCCCAGCGUGGGCAGUGGGGAGGCCACAGCGGGGCCCCUCCUUGUUUGUACAUUGGCCUCUGUGCCACAACCAAGCUUAACUUAGUCUUAAAUUUCAGCAUAUGUUGCUGCUGCUUAAGUAUUGUAUAAUUUACCUGUAUAAUUCUAUGCAAAUAUUGCUUAUGUAAUAGGAUUAUUUUGUAAAGGUUUCUGUGUAAAAUAUUUUAAAUUUGCAUAUCACAACCCUGUGGUAGUAUGAAAUGUUACUGUUAACUUUCAAACACGCUAUGCGUGAUAAUUUUGUUGUUGUUUAAUGAGCAGAUAUGAAGAAAGCACGUUAACCCUGGUGGCUUCUCUAGGCGUAGUGGGGGCGAUUCUCCUGUUGGGCUGUGUGUGUGAACACGUGUGUGAGUUUCCGGUGUACUGUACUGUGAUUUUUUUUUUCUUUGUUUCUUUUUACUGUCUGUAACCCCUCGCGGGCUCUGCCUGAGUCAGGCUGGAAGAGUCAAGGUAUCUCGAGGGCUAGCAGUAAACGUUGCCUUGUCCUUUUGUCAGACUCGCUUCAAGUCCAGGGCAUCUCUUAAGAUCAUUGGCUGCCAUUCCAGACACCCCAGCUUGUGCCUCAGAGGAGAUGCGUUCCCCCGCGUGGAUCGUUGUGGUGGACGUUGGAACCUCAGGGUACAGAGCUCACAUCUCUUCAUCCUCGUUGGUAUUAAAAAUUAGCGUGCCCGGUGGGGAGCCUCAGCUGGGCCAUGAGCACAUUCUCUAGAGAACGCAGCCUUCCAUACCUCUCUGGUAACCAGCACGCGCGCGCGCACGCACACACACACACACACACACAUUUCAGAGUGGAUUGGAAAUCUUUUGGAGCCAGUGACCCUGCUACAGGUAGAAAAACCUCUUAAUUCUGGGUCCACAAUAAACCCAGAGGUGAUAUUUUGAGUCCCUAGAAUUUAAACCCUCUCUUGCUAAAUUGCACAGCUGGUUGGGGCUUUUGGAUUUGUUUGCGUCUUUAAAUAGUGAGCAUCCCAUACGGUGACAGAGAUGGAGGUUCUAUAGGAUAUGAGCUUCAGGAAGGCGGUUCUCAGUGUAUUCACAGUGACAUCAUGGGUGCACACUUCCUAAGCAACCCAUUGCCUCCUCUCACCAGUCUCAGUGUUCCUUCAGUGUGACGCUUUUUUGAAGAGGAAGAAGAUGCUAAUUGCCUACAGCCCACUGGAGAAUGUAUAAGCAGACAGACCUCCCAACCAGGGAGAUCUUUUUAAGAUUGGCUUCCAUGCCAGUUCUGUUACCUGGCUCUGGGGCUUGGUCUUCCUAGGCUGUUAGCUGGAGACCAGCGGGUGUCAAGAAAGCCCUCGGUACCCAGACUAAGCUGCUGUCGGAGCACAAAUGGCAGCUCCCGCUAUGCCUCCUGUUUCACAUGGAAAAUCUUCAUCGAAAGGCAACAGGCCCCCAGUAGUACCAGCAGGGUAGUGACCUCAGACCCUAGAACUCGCUGCGAGGCUGUCAGAUGCUAACCGGAAGCUACCUGUGGCUGCUAGAUGUGUGUGUUCCUCUGCCAGGGGCCCCGAUGGCCCCACCUCUACUGUUUGGUGCCUCUGUCAGCCACACUGUCUACCUAACACUCAGCUCUGCUCAGAGAACUUAUAUCCUGCGUUCAGGAGAGAGACGAUGCUAAACUCGGAGGUCUGCUUCCCUCUGGCUCAAGGUGUGCCCUCGCCCCUUUCCUGAGCCCAGCUUGCGUGGUGCGUGACCAUUUGCCCGGCCCCUGCUUUCUGCACAGCAUAGAACUUUCUCCGAUAGUCACAUUGGCAAAGGGAGAACUCGGGGGCUGGCAGGCAACCAGAAUUUCUCUCUCUCUUUUAAAAUCGUUUUAUUUUGUCUGUCUUGUUUGUUCAUUUGGAUGUUUUAAUUUUUUAAAAAAAAAAUCUUUGCUGAUAUUUAUAAUUUUGUAUCAUAAGAAUGUUUUCCUACAGUAUUUGUCAUGCCAGUUUAUAACAGAAAAAUGCAGGGAUUUUAUUUCUAUUGGAAACACUAUUACAGCUAUGUUUUACUUUUGAACAGAAUUUUUAUUUGUAUAGAGUGCUUACUAAUGUUAAAUAGUUCAGAGUAUAUAACAUUUUCAUUAAGGACUCAUGGUAGGUUUUAGCGUAAGGAGUUUAAAGGAAAUAAAUAUUCAAACUGGGUCUCAUUGUCUGCCAGUUUUGGCAGAAAUGGGUUUGUGUCAUUUCAAUUACAAAGAUAAAAGUAUGCCAUAUAAUUUAUUUAUAUGAAAAUUUAUUUUUGUAGUGUACAUAGUAGUCCUCAAGUCUUUUGACAGAAGUAUAUUUUUAAAGAAUUUAUAUGUGAUGAAUCCAUAACGUCUGGAACUUUGCUGAGACACGAGUGGGACACACUUUUCAUUGUAAAGGACAGCAAGGAAAAGCAAAUGUUUAACAGUGUUAAGAGAGUGAGAUUGAGUGAAUAUUCAUGCAAUUGUGGAAUGUGUAUUAGUUACCAUUUGUGACCUAGUGUGGUUCUCAUUUUAAACCUCGGAAGGCAAAAAUGUACAAACUUUCUAAAUAUUAAUGUUCAAACACUGAUAGAAAUUCUAACAUGAAUAAAAAAUAAUAUAACUUGUUGG